GUAGUUUCUUUAUAGUUACUAACGUGACGUGGCUGAGAUAGCCGGAAAGGUCUAGGUUUAAAAGCAAAAGAUUUUCCUUUACAGAAAUUCGUCUUCAUCGAGGUGCUGCAAGAAUGGUGACUGACGUGCAGCUGGCGAUUUUCGCCAACAUGCUGGGGGUUUCCCUUUUCCUCCUGGUUGUUCUUUAUCAUUACGUGGCGGUCAACAACCCAAAGAAACUGGAGUGAACGGACAACUGCUCACCUUCGCUUGGGCAAGGUUGAAGUUGGGGACCAUAUUUUGCUGACUGAUGCUUGAGAAGACCAUUGAUCGCCGCUAUGAACACUAGGACAACUGCAAAGCCCCUGUAAAUGUUUUUGCUGUUGGUAUGGGAAAAGGUGUGAAUAAAUUAUGAAUUCUUUAAAAAUUCA